CCGAGUAAACACCGCACCGCUCAAAGUGUUUACAUAAUUCUGCACGAAGAUCGGACCGUUUUUAGAAGGAUUAGAAUGGCCCCACAACUGCUAGAUAUUCCCCCCGAACCAAAGACCCCCGAAGAACAGGAAGUGUUCAAGAAUCUGUGGUCGAUCCGCCCCUGCUACCUCUACAACGAAGAGUUCGACGACUGCACCAGCAUCAAGGCCCGCUUCCACCAGUACUUUAUCCACGGAAGCAGCGUCGAUUGCACCCAGUGGAAGCGGGACUUUGACAAUUGCGUCCGCUUCGAGAAGAACCCGCACGACACGAAGAGUGCGCUCGAGUUGAUCGAAAGUGAGCGCAGCAGGAGGACUGAGCGGAUGCGGGCACACUACGGGAACGACGUGUGGAAGAAGCGUGACCGGGUGCCGGAGGGCUGGGCCAAACCGCUGCCGGAACACCUGCAGAAGGAGUACGAGAGCUCGUACCUGGAGCUGAAGGCGCGCGAGCUGCGCGGGGAGGUCGAACCGGGCAAGGAGGAGCGGACGAUGUGCGUUGUGAUGUGACUGGGGAGGGAGGAAGCGUUCGCAAUAAAGGUGUUAGGUUUUAAAGAUUAACGGG